AGAAUCCUCGUCUAAAAAGGAGAAUAUUAACUGCAAGGAUGCUGAUAGUGACGUCUCCAAUGAAUUAUCCUCAGAUGAAUACGAAGUCCAAGAUUAAGCCCUUGUACUUCGGACUUGCAGACGGUUAGGAAAUAAAUUGAGUUCAUCCUUUUUAACGAAUAAAGGUUAUCUUCAACCAAUGUUACAGGUAAAUGUCACGUCGACGAACGGGCCAACUCUUGACCACAGUCGCGGCAUCCACAGCAGGCCUCCGGAGGGGUAACAGGAGAGGUAUACCUGUGAACUUGGAAAAGCUCAACAGUGCUGCACAGCGCUCUUAAAGUGUAGGAUCAAUCCUAAACUUCAAAGAGGAGACAUGUGGGAUGCUAGAAGUUAUGCAGAUGAAAGGGGGGAGCUAAAGGAGGAGGUACAAAGAAUACGAAAGGAAUAGGAUGAGUGGGAAGAAUUAUGGAAAGGCGAAAAAGAGAAAGUCUGGUAAAAAAUGACAAGAGAACGUACUGUAGGCUUGCGGGCAGAAAUAACAGACUGCGUAGUAGAUUGGCGCAGAUUGAAAAACAAAUAGAAGGGGUGCAAAGAUUAGCUGAUGAACGAUAUAGGAGCACAAAUUAGGGUAGAAGGGGUGAAGAGAGUAGGAGGAAUGAACGAAGGGGAAAAGGAAUGUUUCUGGUGACAUUGGGGUGUGAGGAAGAGAGGUUUAAAGUUAUGGGCAAAAAGAAGUUGUUAAAGGGAAGAACAGAGAGAAUUGAAGAAGAUUUGAGGCGGCAGGAAAGGAGAAGAAAAUGGUUGACAGCGUGGGGGGCUUGGCCGGAAAGAAGGAAACGUAGCAAGGUAAUAAUAGGGAGAUACGUCGGGGUUUACAAAAUAAAAAAUGGACUAAAUAUAAGGACAGGAGAAAUGGGUGGAGAAACGGGAGGAGAAACGGGAGGAGAAAAUGGGCAUGUGAAGGUGGCAUUCUGGAAUGUUUCAGGAUUAAGAAACAAGGACAAGCGCUUUUCGCGGGAAUUGACAAAAUGCGAUGUAAUAAUGAUGAGUGAAAUAUGCGCGGAUAAGAAAGACUGGAAGUUGAUGAAAAGAAUAUUACCGAAAGGUUAUGUGUGGACGAUGCAAGAAGAAAGAAAUGAACACGUUAAAGGGAGACGGGUGUGCGAAAUGGUCUCAGGAUUGAGAACAAAAUUGGCAGUAAAAGAGACAGAAGAGGGGGAUAGGAAUGAAAAAAAUGAAACAAUGGUAAGAAGGAGUAGAGAUGGAAAAGGCAAAAGAGCGGUGGUUUGUGUAUAUAGAAGAAGAGGGCAAGAGGAAGAUUGAGGAUUAAUAAAGAGGUGGAUGGAGGAAAAGAAGGAAGAGUUGGUUUCGAUAUGAGGUGAUUUGAAUUCCUGGACUGGCGAACAAGUGGGAGAGACUUGGUGUGAAGAAAAGGAGGCCUAUGUAAGGAUUUUCAGAUAAAGAGAGAUAUAUAGGGAGGAAAGGAGGUUACUAGAUUUAAUAGAGAAACAGGAUGGUUAAUAUGUAAUUGGAAUGUAAAAAGAGAUGAGGAAGGAUGUAUCACAUUUGCAGGGUGGUAGCCAGAAGUGAGGAAGUUGGAGAAAGGAAAGAGAGAGAGACAUAGUUCUGUUCAGCAGAUGACGAGAAAAAGAUGAACCUAACGAUGAGAAUUUUGGAAGAGUAUGUGGGAGCGAAGGAUCUGAGGGUGAACGUAGAAAAAAUCAAGGUGAUGUGUAUCAGAAGUAGAAACACCAUAAUAGAUUACAUUUGGAGGAUGAAAGGACAAACAGUGGAAAGCGUGGGGGUGUUUUGUUACUUAGGUUUUUGAAUUGGGCUAGGAGGGGGAAACGAGAUGCAGGUGAGGAAAAGAGUAGAAUGUGCGAGUAAAGUAAUGAGCCAAGUAUGGGGAAAAGGAAAGGGAAGGUUCACGUACGAUUGGAGAAUGAGGGUUUACUUGUUUGAUGCGUUGGUUUGAGCGGUGUUGUGAUAUAAAGUGGGGGUCUGGUGAUGGAAGAAACAUAUGUGUAAAAAUUUGUCAAGUAGGCACUUUUUUAAUGGAUUUUUCUUUUUCUUUGG